AUGAGUUCCAAUGAAAUACACAAUUGCACCAGAUAUGCAAUUGUUCAUAGAGUCCAACUUUGUACGAGAAACCCCUAUCACAAUCUACAAAACAGAAUUUUUUCAAACAAUAUAUAUUUAUAUAUUUCCAAGUGGAAUGCGCCGUUUUUUAACCAACGAAUCAGGAUAGCAGUACCAUUAUUCAUUUUUAGAACAAAAACGACCACUUUGGAUUUGUCAUUUAAAGUGAAUGAACUCAUUGUCAUUGGUAUGCAGCAGACCAAAAGAAACGUGGUCAGACCUGUCGACAAAAGGCAGCAACACGCUCUCGAGAGUCGACAGAAGAGAGAAGAAAAAGCCAUCCUUCAAGGCUUUCUUGUGUAUUUGAUCAAUCAACAUUCAGUGGUCGAGUUUAAGAAGCCUCGAAAGAAAGCGCGGCUGACCCACCAACUCUUUUCCAUCAAAACGUUGACUUUUCAAAACGAGAAACUUGACAUUGGGGAAUUCGUGAAGAGUUGUUGUAAAGUAGACUAUAAUAAGGAUAUUAUUGAAGGACUGGAUCAAAAGAAAGCUUUUCGAAAAUACCUCAAUAAAAAGACUUACUUCAUGAGUUGCCUGUUAAUGGAUAUAUGCUUAGAACUCGGCUAUUUCUUUGAGUGCAAAAGGGUAGCAAAAGGAAAACGAAAUUAUAAAACAGAACAGAUAGAAAGAGUAUGGAAAGAUGGAGUCUAUCUCUGUGGAAAAAAAGAAGUUAUUAAUAUCGGAAUUGGGAUGUCAGAACAUUUGUUCGAAGUGUCAAAAGACACAGCAAAUAACUGCUUCCUUCGAAGGGGUGAGUUGAAAUUUUAA